AGCCAGUAAAGGUCAUCAGACCAACUCCCUGACACGGACAGGGAGGAGUUGUGCGAGAAGCCAUGAAUGAAGGGUGCGUUUGUGAACGUUGAAAUGUCCUUGAUAUGAUGGUGGCACGUUGAAGAUCGCUCACUGGGAGAGGAUGGCGUCAGCAGAGGGGGAGUUGGAAGGGUUCGCAUUUUCCGACAAAGGUCGUCCGGUUGGAGAGGGAGAAUUUGGUAAAAUUCUGGAAGGGCUGUGGCAUCGGAAACCGGUAGCCGUGAAAGUGUUGUCUGCGCCAGUGGCCGCUGAUGAUGCUGAUGCUGAUGCAGACUGUGUUUCGAAGACCCUCUGCGAUGCCGUGAAAGCGCUGUGGAGCGAGCUGCGUGCGCUGCCCAAGCAUGCGAACAUAGCGUCGUAUGCUGGUGUGGCCGGAUUGUCGAUCAAGCAGCCCAGUCUGGUGCGAAGUGAUAAGUACUCGAUGUCCCUAGCGCACCGCGCUACUCUCGAACCACGUGUCGAGCAACGGCAACGCAUCGACAUAGCGGGAGAUAUUAUAGCGGGUCUGGCGUUCCUGCACGGCAACCGUAUCCUGCAUGGGAGAUUACAGUCGACCAACGUCCUACUGAGCGACGUGAAAUGCGAACACUGCUGCGUGUACCUGUGCGAUGCAGCCGUGUACAGGGUCUACGACAAGGUUUGGCCGUACAAUUCCAACAGCGGGAACGUGCGCAUGAAAUGGCUCACGCCCUACGUGAGUCCUGAACUGGAGCGAGCUAGCGCUUACGCGCCGACGGUAAAGUCCGACGUGUUUGCGUUCGGCCUAGUUGUCCUGGCGAUGGAGGUAUGCCGAGAACCACCCAAUCUCGUGACCAACCCACGGUCAGAUGAGAUGAGACCGGAGAUCGAGCGUCAUGCAAUGGACCUGGCCACUGUCGAGGACACGAAUCCGCUCAAGGACAUCAUCGUGAAAUGUAUUGGAAACGAGACGUACAUGCGUCCAACCAGUGAAGAACUGAGCAAGAAGCUGCAGAGUAUGAAGACAUCCGACGAGUACAUUGCAGCCAACGCUGUAUCCAGAGCCCGUGCUCACCUGCCUGCUGAUAUGUUCUCGCCGGCAGCAACGGAUGCUGGUGUGGAUGGAGGACCCACAGGAGAUCUGCAUUUGCCAGAACCGGACGCACCUGGUUUUCGGAGUGACCGCGUGUCAGCCAGCAGUGACCUGACGUACCCGCGACUGCUUCACCGCGAGAGCGGUCCAAUGGUGGCGUCGACGUCUAUGGUGUCGCUGGCGGACGAUGGCUCAGUGACUGGCUCGGUGACCGGCGGACCAAGUCUAGCCAGUGAUGGAGGCAGUGUCACAGUCGAUCUACCCAGGCUUCUGGGCCAGGUACGAACACAGCUGGAUAGCUUGCGUCGCAGCGUUCUGAUCGUAGCACACGACAUGGAUGAUGUGCGCGUGGAGUCGGUGGCAGCUCAUCGUCAGGCGUAUGGCGCUCACCAGGCUGCAAUGGCGGCCCGGGACGAGGCCAGCGAGGCGCGGCGCCAAGCGUCCGGCUCCAACACUGCAUCCCAGGCGGCCCGUGACCAGGCCAAGCUGGCCCAUCACGACGCCAGCGGCGCCAAGGAGGCCAGCCUGCGUGUCCUCUCCACGAUCACCAGUGCCAGCUUUGCUACGAGCAUGAGCAAUGCGUUCGGCGCCGCUCGGAGCAGCUCUUCCCCGCUCAUCAGCAAGCAGGGCUCCUCAGACUCCAUACUGAAGAUUCCAGUACGUGACUCCACCUUGAGUCUGACAGAUAUCCAUGAGCUGGACUUGCACUCAAACUCGAGCGACCGUGGUUCCACGGCGCCCAUGUACGCAACAGCUGCCACCACAGCCGUAGCAUCGGCAAUGGACGAAGCACCGCCAGGGUACCUUGCAGCAACAAGCGGCGGCGCCGGCAUGGCAAUUGCCAGCGCGGCGGCCAUGGAGCCCCCACCAGGCAUGGCUGCCACCAGCUCAGCCGGUAACCUCGACGACGAGCCGUUACACGUGUCCCCGGCGCCCGGCGCCCAGGGCGGCAUGGAGUACGGUGGUGGAGGCAGCCCGGCGGUGGGAGACCUGGGUGCUGUUGCUACAGCUGCUGCUGCUGCUGGUGCUGGUGGUGGUACUGGCAGUGCCCCUAGCAGCCUCACCAGAGCGGUUCAAGUGACUGCAGUGCAAGCGGUGGCUGGACGGCGUCCCAGCUCUAACUCAUACCUCACUGCUAUGGAUGCCAGCAGUAUCGGUAUGCCCCGGCGCCCUGGUCGUGUCAGUGGCAAUAGUGUGUUUGCCAGUGAGCCAGAGUCAAACUCUCUACGCGUCUCCGACAUCGCAACCAAGAGAGAGGCGCCGGUAUUCAUUUCGCACGUGCGCCGCUUCGACUUUGCUCUCAAGUGCACGCUGGCUGCGCUGAAGCAUCCGUCGAGUGAUCACAGACAUCGUCGUGUCCCCUCUGGCAGUGGUGACGGCUCACCUCUCGUUCACAGGGCUGUGUCCAAGGUGUUUGAGCAGGCCUCCAUGUCGGCCAGCCAGGCGUUUCCGUUUGGCGAGUGGACGAUGCAGGAAGACGUGCCCGUGCAGGUUCAAACUCCGCGUCGCAUGUGUGUGCUCGGCGACACGCUCUAUCUAGUGUGUAGAGAAGUGUCGGACGCCGGCAAGAGAACAUAUCUCAUUGGAAGCACUAAUCUCGAGAAAUGGACGGAGAUCGCGUUCCCACCAUCAGCCGCAACCUGUCAUGCCAUGUUCGCCUACAAUCAACACCUCUACGUCUGUGCACGAUCCACCGACAAGGCGGACAGUCGCGGGCGUUCCCGCGGCGACGUGAUAUGGCGCCUGGACGAGACCAAUGCCCGCGGCGACGGUGCUCCGGCCCUCAGACCCAGUUCCAGCAGCAGCGACGGCGCUCCCUGUCACUUUGAGUGGAUACGUGUCACGCAGAUGCCUCACAUACAGUGGCACUACGGUGCAGCGCUGGACGGAACGCGUGCCAUAUUCGCCGGCGGCUGGGACGGACGCAGGGAAGUUGGCCACGUGGUUGUCUACGAUCUCAGCACGAACAAAUGGCUCGAGCCGAUGACGUCGCUACCCAUUCCGGCCUUCGCCGCUCAGGCAUUCGUCACUGGUGAUCACUUCUACCUGAUUGGAGCUACGACACGUCAGUCGGACCUAGCCGAGGUGUACUACACCGGUCUACGGGCGCACUCGGUAAACUACAACAAGUGGCGCACUGUUCAGCUAUCACAGAGUGCGUGUGGAGCGUGUCUAGUCAACAAGCAUAUUGUCACGGUCGGCGGCUGGGACAACGUUUCUAAGCAGGCGUCGGACGACGUGUCCUUGUUCGACGUUGAGUACACGGAGUGGCUGUCCUUGCCCUCCAUCAAGGCUGCGCGUGUUCGUCCCGAAGUCGUCUACUUCAAGAACAAGCUGGUAUGCCUUGCUGGCAGUGUGAAUCCGUCGCGAGAAUCAGACAAGGUGUCGCACAUGGAAGUUCUGCCCCUGGUGCUGUGAGUCGAGCGACGUGUACACGUACGUGUAUGUGCACGUGCGUGCGUAUGCAUUGUGAUUUGCCUGAGGUGUUAUCCGUAUGCGGAGCCCGGGACCGCUACACUUUAAUUGCAGUGUGACAUCAAAGACUGAUGUUAGGACCAUGUGCGGAGGAUGUGCAUGGUUCGGGUUUUUUAGGAGAUUCUCCCUCGUGCCCUUGAUUUCGGGCGCUCUGGUGUUUGCGUUGAUGGAGAAGGUAGUAACUUGCCUAGAGCAUAGGUAUUUGUAAAUUUUGUAUGAUAGCUAUGAUUAUAGUGUUGUAGAAUAGACUGUUGUCUGUUGGGAUCAGUGUCCUGUACAUACUGUCUAUAUUAUAAUGAUUAUGCACAACGUCAAUCCACGUGCACAAGCUUACAUUCUUUUUUCUUGCAUUCGUGCUUCCGGAAGGCACGUCCAGUAGUGACUAGGACAGGUUCAAGACACGCCCGUAGCACGGAGUGAGCAUAUUUGAAAUAGUGUUGAUGCGCAGGCUUUUGCGUUCUCAGUUCAGCAGCUCGGUGAGCAUUAUGGCUCUGUGUGUGUACGCGCGCGCGCGGGUGUCCUUCCGGCAUUGUGGCAUCAUCUACACAUUGCACUGAUUUUGUUGAGAGAUUUCAUCUAUUUUUUGAGUGCUACUUUUUAGUUUUUAGACCAACUUUAUUAGAUUGGCUGCUGUUCAUGGUCACGGCGUUCAUAUUCUUUGAACCACUUGUACACGAAGUAGUACAGCAGCUUUUUGAUUGCGAUAAUUACACAUGUAACUUUGAUUUCGGCUAGACGAAACAUUGCCCACUUCGAAACCGAAUGGAUUUUUGAAAGCAAA